CUGGUCGGGGCUCACGUGGUCGCCCGCCGCUGUCUGCUUGUUAGUGCACCUCAGGUGGUGGUUGUGGGCGCGGCGGCCGCUAGUUCACGGCGAUUACAUCACUACAAAUGCCCUUUCCGUAUAACUGGAUUAUAACUUGAUCAAAAAUUUAAGAACAGAAAUGGAAUCAAUGAAUCAAAAUGGCAGCGUCAGAGGCCCGCCUGGGCGGCCUCCUCCUCCGUUUUACCCGUCUGCCCCACCGCCUUACUACCCACCUCAACCGAUGCACCCAACGGGGCCAGCACCUCCUGUUGCGGCACCCUACGGUGUUCCACCCAUGACAGGACCCUUUUACCCUCCCCCACCAGCAUAUCAAGAGAGUCAUCCGGGGAACUAUCCUGUCUAUCAAGGGGAACACUCGCUUUAUCCGGAUAUUUCACAGUUGCCACAGCCAGAGGCAGGUAAUGUAUCCACCGGGCCGCUCCAAUAUGGCCUGCAUGGCUACAAUUCCGUGCUUGGCUUUGGGGCGUCACUAGUAGCACCGCUCGAUGGUAAGCCCCGCUUGGAUACCUUGCAUGGAGACACACAUCUGCAUAGACUCCCUACAGCGCCUUUUGAGCCUCCUCCCCCAUAUGAAGCCAGCUGUUACAGCCGCACAUCGUCUAGCUCCUACCACACUAACCCGCAUGCCAGCUCUCAUGCAACACUGACACACCCGCUCAUUCCAGCGCAUCCUCAGGUCUCGACUGAUGGUGCAAAUGGCAAGCAUAAUAUAGGAUUCUCCAAGUCCUCAGCACCGCUAGGUUUCGUGCAAAAUAUUGGGAGCAGCUCAGGAGCCCCGGGUCAGCCAGCUACGAGUACCAUAGCCCCUGCACGGCCGGCACCUCCACCACCACAGUGCCAGAGUCAACCCACCUUGGCACAGCUUGGCUCUCCAGGCCCCUGGUCCUUACCAGCUGAGCUAGGACAGGAUUCAUCAGCCCCAAACUUGAAAGAGGGACAAGUGCCUCCAGGCUGCGUGCUGUCGUGGAGGGGAGGGAAAGGUCUCAAAGUGUUCUUCUUUCAACAAGAGGGACAUAUUGUCUCUCCUCAGAUGCCUCUCACACUGAACGUCUACAAAAAGAUAGGUGGGAGUCCUUGUGCAGAUGAUCCGGACUUGAUGGGAGUGAUCGAGGUACCAGGCUGCUGGCGACUUAAACUGCGAGGGAAGAACACCUAUGUUCUCCACACUACCGGGACUGUUAUACAGACUGGGAAUGUUUACGUGUUUAAUGAUGACUCUACCUGCCCCGUGCGAGUGGUGGUGCUCCAACUGCCUCUGGAUGUGACCAAGACCAUGGAGACCGACUUGUUGGCUCUCUUAAACGAACUGACUGACCUGCGCAACGAAAAGGAAGGAGUUGUUGAUAAGAUAACGACAGGUGUUAGCUCAGUUUACAGUGAUUUGACGAAGAAGUUGAACACAGCGGUGAAAGAGACGGUUCCUGGCGCACACAAGAGCACCAAAUGGCUGAGAAAAGGCACUGGAUCUUUGGUGAAAAUGGGUGGCAAUCUCGUGUCCAAAGGAAUGCACCUUAUUGCUGAGCAUGUUCCUGCGGGUGACCAGCCACAGGCGGAGACUUAUGAAGAAUCCCCAGUCCACACACAAUUGUUAGCAGCUCUAAAACUGUUUAAUUUGAGUAAGGAAGAAGGCUCUAUUACUUACGUGUGAUCAACCACUACAAAAUACGUCUGCCCUCCUUCUUAAUAUUUACCUCACCAGAAACGCAAUGUAAAAACCAGAAAAUGCAACACUAAACGAAAGACGGUUAAGACAUUAGACGAAUAUAAUCAUAUUUUUUAAUUACCAAAGAUGCCAAAACCUUUAUGUUGGUGAAAUUCAUUGAGAUAAGAUGGAAGGCAAUUAGUUAGGGAGUAAAGUGUAUAGUUAAAAAAAAAUAGAAAUUAGUGAAUUUGUUAUUGUACUUUUAGAAAAGACAAAAUCCUUAAUAUGUGGAGACAACUAAGUAAGGAAUUAAAUGAUCUGGAACGUCAACGAUACAGGUAAUAUAUUGUAAGUGAUGCACUAUAAUUAAGUCGUACUGUAAUUAUUAUGUAUUCUUGGUAAGAAACGUAAUAUUAUCUUGUGCCAGACUCAACAAUUGUAACCUCUAAUAUGAGAGAACAUAACAUGGUCAGCAGUUAUCGUCACAUAGGAUAGAUGUUAUGUUUUUAUUCUUGAACCUCGGUGACUGUCCCUCUUCACACACUCGGUGACUCUCUUCACACACUCAAGUUGUUCUGCUCUCGUAUGGCGUCCUGAACGCUAUCUAAGAACACCUGAACACAUGAAACACAUUAAGUGCAAUAUAGAUGUACUUAACGCUUUUUAUUCUCGAACCAAAUAUAUUAAUAGAUGCAAUUUGCCUUAAUAUUUAAAUAUAAGUAAUAUCCCUGUAUGCCAUAUUACGCAAAAUGGCCCCACAUGAUUGGUGGAGCUCUAAUCUGCCAUUCACGAUCUCGUAACUGCUUAUUAUAGCACGGUUUCCCCUGUAAGCCAAGCCCUAGACACAAGCAACUUUGUCUAAAAGUCCAUAAUACUAGGAAACAAUAUAACCCUACACAAGUUCCUAAUAUAUACACAUUUCUAAUAUAGUGUAAUGCAGAAAAUGUAUAGCAUUUUUAUUACAUUCACAAGCUAGAGACACCGUGAACUAGGAACACUGUGCACGUCCAUGAUCUCUGGCAUUUACACAUGUUCAAAAAUUUACACGAUGCUUCAGUGUAUCAAACAAUAAACUAUUAUAAUGUAGUUUAUGAAAAAUAAAUUAGAACUUUAAUGACCUGCUUAUAUUAAUUUUAAAAUUAAAUUUAUAUUAGAACUUUCCUAUUGAACGUAACACGUAUAUGCUUUGUACACAUCAAAAGUUGCUUAUAAAAUGGCAGAAUUUUUAAUCUCUGUUCUCACAUGCUUAUCUUAUUUUAUUUAUAACAAUAAUUAAUUUCGCUCUCAUAAGGUGUAAAUCAUAAAAAAGCUCCUGAAUAUACAAUAAUCUCAUACAGUUGUAUACUCUGUAGCCAGCUUCUUGAAUUUAAGAUAAUUUUACAAAUUGUUAUUUUGUAAAAUGUUUUCAUUGUGAUUUAUAAAUUAGACUUACAGUACAUUAGUUACAGUGUUGUUUGUGAGUUGCUUUAAGAGACAUAUAGUUUGUUAUUGAACUCAAAAUAUUUCAGAACUUAUGCUUUGUUUAACAAUUGUAUUGUUAAUAUUGUCUCAUAAAUAUCGAGCACUGUUCAUUGUAUUUAUUGUAAUCAUGAUCUAAUAUUUAAAUUUUUGAUUACCGUAUAAAUUGUAUAAAAAUUUUAUUUUAAAAAAUUACUAAUUAUAUUUUAUAUUAAA